UUGCGUCAUUACCGCGCGCCCUCCCGCUUCUGGGCGUUUAAGAUCCCUGGCGCGCGAGCAGAGCUACAGCCCCACUGAAGGAAUCUGCGCGCUCCGUGUCGCCUCUCCGUUCCGUCAUGUUCCCGGGCAUCUCCUCUCCGCGGACACCUGGGCCCGGGACCCGAAGGGGCCCGCUGGGCGGAGUUGGACCCGGCUCCACGCCCCGGGCGACUAGCCGAAAAGGUCUGCCACUAGGGUCGGCCGUCAGCUCCCCGGUGCUCUUUUCGCCGGUAGGCCGGCGUAGCUCGCUGAGCUCGCGAGGAACACCUACACGAAUAUUGCCACACCACUGUGUAACCGAGUCUAUGAACUAUGAUGUAAAAACCUUUGGAUCUUCUCUUCCUGUUAAAGUAAUGGAAGCCUUGACAUUGGCUGAAGUUGAUGAUCACUUGACUGUUCACAUAGAUGAAGGAGGAUGGGUUUGUCUGGUCUGCAAAGAGAAACUCAUUAUUUGGAAGAUUGCUCUGUCACCUAUUACUAAGUUAUCUGUUUGCAAAGAACUUCAGCUGCCGCCUAGUGACUUCCCUUGGAGUGCAGACUUGGUGGCUCUCUCUUAUCCUGAUACUGCAGGUGAAGCACAUUCUACUCAGGCUAUUGCUGUCAUGGUUGCCACCAGAGAAGGAUCCGUCCGCUACUGGCCAAGCCUUGCUGGUGAAGAUACCUACAUGGAGACCUUUGUAGAUUUGGGAGGCGAUAAGACUUAUAGUUUCCUAACAGCGGUGCAGGGAGGAAGUUUUAUUUUGUCCUCAUCGGGAAGCCAGCUGGUUCGGCUGAUACCUGAUAGUUUAGGAAAGAUUCAUCAACACAUUCUGCCUCAAGGACAAGGGAUGCUUUCAGGAAUUGGUCGGAAGGUUUCUUCUCUUUUGGGAAUUUUAUCUCCCAGUAGUGAUCUCAUCCUUUCAAGUGUACUUUGGGAUAGAGAGAGAGCAAGCUUUUAUAGCCUGACAAGUUCGAACAUCAGUAAAUGGGAAUUGGAUGAUUCUUCAGAAAAACAAGCACUUAGUUGGGAUCUAAAUAGAGUCCUGAAGGAAAACAUUACUGAUGCUAUUUGGGGAUCUGAAAGUAACUAUGAAGCUAUUAAAGAAGGGGUCAACAUUCGGUAUUUGGAUUUGAAGCAAAACUGUGAUGGGCUCCUGAUUUUGGCAGCCGCAUGGCACCCAGCAGACAAUCCGUGCCUCAUUUAUUACUCUCUGAUAACAGUAGAAGAUAAUGGCCACCAAAUGUCUGACGCAGUAACUGUGGAGGUCACUCAGUGUAAUCCACCUUUUCAGUCUGAAGACUUGAUUAUGUGUCGGUUGAUGGUCCCAAACUUUUCAAAUCAGACUGCCUAUCUGUAUACUGAAAGUGCUGUCUACGUGUGUGCCACAGGAACUGGGAAGUUUUCUCUUCCUAGGGAGAAAAUUGUCUUUAAUACACAAGGAGAUAGUAUUUUAGGAGCUGGUUCCUGUGGUGGUUUUCCUAUCCUUUUUUCUAGAAACAGUGGGCUGGUGUCUAUUACUUCAAGGGAGGGUGUGUCUAUAUUAGCAGAAGACCUUGAAGAUUCCCUAGCAUCUUCAGUUGCUGGACCCAGCAAUGAGAGUAUGGUUUUUGAGCCUUCUACAAAGAAUGAAACCAUAGCCCAGGAGGAUAAAACCAAACUGUUAAAAGCUGCUUUUCUGCAAUAUUGCCGAAAAGAUCUAGGUCAUGCUCAAAUGAUGGUUGAUGAGCUCUUUUCCUCCCGUUCUGAUUUGGAUUCUGAUUGUGAACUAGACAGAGCUGUUACACAAAUCAGUGUGGAUCUGGUGGAUGACUACCCAGCGUCUGACCCACGGUGGGCUGAGUCUGUGCCUGAGGAAGCACCUGGGUUUAGCAAUACAUCACUGAUUAUUCUUCACCAGCUGGAAGACAAGAUGAAGGCCCAUUCUUUCCUUAUGGACUUUAUUCACCAAGUUGGCUUAUUUGGACGUCUUCAUACUUUUGCAGUCAGAGGGAUGCCCAUGGCAACUCGACUAUUGCUCUGCGAGCACGCUGAAAAGUUAUCAGCCGCCAUUGUUCUCAAGAACUACCACUCGAGGCUCUCUGAUCUGGUGAACACAGCAAUAAUGAUUGCUUUAAACAAGAGGGACUGUGAAAUCCCAUCCAACCUGACUCCCGCAGAUGUCUUUUUUAGAGAAGUGUCCCAGGUAGACACUGUCUGUGAGUGCUUGCUAGAGCAUGAGGAGCAGGUCUUAAAGGAUACAUCAUUGGAAUCCGUUGAAUGGGCUGAGGUGGUCAUCAAUGUGAACAGUAUUCUUAAGGACAUGCUACAAGCUGCUAGUCAUUAUCGACAAAAUAGAAACUCCUUAUAUAGAAGAGAAGAACCACCAGAACAAGAACCUGAAUAUGUUCCUUGGACGGCAACAAGUGGUCCUUCAGGCAUCCGAACAGUAAUAGAACGCCAGCAUGGGAUUGUCCUGAAAGUGGUUUAUCCUCAGGCAGACAGCAACCUCCGAAACAUUCUGACAGAGCAGCUGGUGGCACUGAUUGAUUGCUUCCUGGAUGGCUAUGUUUCCCAGCUGAAGUCUCUGGACCGAUCUGGUGAUCAAGAAAGAUACAGCAGUCUGGAGAUGGAGUACCUCCAGAAGAGAUCAGAUCUCUUAUCUCCACUUCUCACACUAGGCCAGUACCCGUGGGCUGCUUCAUUAGCAGAAAAGUACUGUGACUUUGAUAUCUUAGUACAGAUGUGUGAGCAGACCGACAACCAGACCAGACUCCAGCGCUACAUGACCCAGUUUGCUGAUCAGAAUUUUUCAGACUUUCUCUUCCGUUGGUAUCUGGAGAAAGGAAAGCGAGGCAAAUUAUUAUCUCAGCCCAUUUCUCAGCAUGGAGAGUUGGCGAAUUUUUUGCAGGCUCAUGAACAUCUCAGCUGGUUACAUGAAAUUAACAGCCAGGAAUUAGAAAAGGCUCAUGCAACACUUCUGGGUUUGGCAAACAUGGAAACUCAAUACUUUGCAAAGAAGAAAACCCUUCUGGGUUUGAGUAAAUUGGCUGCAUUGGCUUCAGACUUUUCAGAGGAUAUACUGCAGGAAAAAAUUGAAGAAAUGGCUGAGCAGGAGCGCUUUCUACUGCACCAGGAGACACUGCCUGAACAGCUGCUGGCGGAGAAACAGCUCAGUCUCAGUGCGAUGCCGGUGCUGACUGCCCCUCAGCUCAUCAGCCUGUAUAUCUGUGAAGAAAACAGAAGAGCUAAUGAAUAUGAUUUCAAGAAAGCUUUGGACCUGCUGGAAUAUAUUGAUGAGGAGGAAGAUGUAAAUAUAAAUGAUCUAAAACUGGAAAUCCUUUGCAAAGCUCUUCAGAGAGAUAACUGGUCCAGUUCAGAUGGUAAGGAUGAUCCAAUUGAAGUAUCUAAAGACAGUAUAUUUGUGAAAAUCUUACAGAAACUUUUAAAAGAUGGCAUUCAGCUCAGUGAGUACCUGCCAGAGGUGAGAGACCUCCUGCAAGCAGACCAGCUCGGAAGCCUGAAGUCUAAUCCUUACUUUGAGUUUGUUUUGAAAGCAAACUAUGAAUAUUAUGUUAUGGGGCAAAUGUAACUUUUUCUAAAAAUGGUCACUGUUUCUGAAAAUGUGUGGAAGCAUAUCCUUAUAAAAAUCUUAGGCCUUAAACAUCUAAAAAUUUGUACAGUUUUAUAACACGUAUUGCUAAAUUUUGUAUACUUUAUUUGAAAGCUGCUACAAAACAGCUGUAAGACUGACUGUAGUUUUGGUUUUUUUGUUACAAGAUAUUUUCUCUCCUCCUUUUUCCAUCUAAAAUGUAGCACUUGUUAUUUCUGUGCUUGCUACCCUUCCUUUCUCUUCUUAUCUGUUGGGGGUUCUGGAAUUCUUACUUGGUUCUGGCUACUUGUAUGCACAAAGCACUUCUCGGCCUCAAUUUCUGUAACUCUGAACAUGACCAGAGUGCACGGAUUGUCUCUGAAAUGGCUGUGACUCUGCACUGAAGAGAUCUGGAGUAUUGAUGUCUGUUUUGGUUGGGGCUAGUGGGCAAUAUGUAGUAAGGUAGAUGUCAGAUUUGCUGACUUGGUGUAGGACUAAAAGACUAAACAAGGAGUAAGUUAUGUGAGCUUAAGAACAGAUUAGUUCAUUGGGAAAAUAUUAAAUAUUUCUACACAAAUAAUUGAGUAUUAAUGAGAGGAAUAAGACCCGUAAGUGUUUUCUAGCCCAUCUAUAAGUUACCAUGUAAUUAGUUUAUAGUAUUAGUGUUGGUUACAGUCUUCCAGUAUGGAGAUUCCAUUAGCUUUGUGUAUUUUCAAGGUGAUUUACACUGAAUUCCAGCUUUACCACAGUCUAACGAGUGUAAAGCAUGUGUUAUGCUAGAAGCCAUUAAGGUUUUCUUAAUAUGGCAUCUGAUUUCCUGAAAAGUAGUGAUUCCCAAAGCUUCAUUGUUCUGACCAGUGUCAUCACUCAGUUUUUAAUCAGCUUUAAAUAAAGACUAGAGAUUGGACAGGGAGGUGCUGGCAUAUUCAGAUUCUGGCCCAGUUGAAUGCUCACUAAACAACUUGCUCCGACAGCUGAAAAGGUCAGAAGUUAAAUAUGGUGAAGAGAGGCCAGUUCCUGGUUUCAUGGAGUACAGCCGUCUGUGUCCUCUUCCUUCUAGCUUCACCUCCAGCCUUUGAACACAUUGUCAAGAAGAGGUUAAUGGAGCUCAUUACAUUAAUAACAGAGGAAAGACACUAGCAGCCUUGUCUUCUUCUUUUUGUAGCUUGUGUGCGGGGACGGCAUCAGGGUCCAGGUUAGGAACCUAUUGAAGGGUGCUAAGGGAAGUUAGGAAGAACUUGUCAGAUGGCAGGUAAGAAAUUGCCAAAAUUCUCUUCUUACAGGACAAGGCUUUGGUUUUCUAUUGGCAUUAACAGUUCUUAGCUGUAUGAUCCUUGAAUGUAAUAAUGUGCUAUGGGGACACAGCAUUGUGCCCCCUUCAACGUGCUGCCACAAAUCUAAUAAUUCCUAGUGUGACAGGAAGGCCAGUCUGAGAGUCACCCUGGCCCCGUCGAUGGUAUGAUUUUGCAUUACUGCUGUCACGGUGUAAUGCAUAGUCGUCUUAUUUCGAGGGAGGGGAAGGCUCGGUCUUCCAGCUCUGUCUUGUCGUCAGUAGCCUAGCACUAAAAUGGCUGGAUUUUUCAAAAUUAGUAAGUAAAAUUAAGGCCUAAGAUUUUGAAUAAUUUUUCUAAAUUAAAAUUUUACAACAUAGUCUUUCCCAAAGAAUUGAUUUUUAUAUAAAUUGAGUAAUGGAUAAAGACACAUUUUAAAAGUGAGCAUGUUUUCUAAGGAAAGAGAAAUUCUACUGACUUGGGAAAGUUUUUUUUUCCACUUCUGUCUUUGCUUUUCUCAAAGUCACAGCUUGCAGCCUUGAUUAAAUGAAACGAUAACAUGUUUUUGAAAGUGAGCAGCCAGCUUUGUGUGCUGGUAUGUUUUAAGAUUUUGUGAAUAUGAAGUGCCUGGGUAGCUUAGUCUGUUAAGUGUCUGCCUUUGGCUCAGGUCAUGAUCUCAGGUCAUGGGAUCGAGUUCCGCAUUGGGCUCUCUGCUCAGUGGGGAGUCUGCUUCUCCCUCUCCCCCUGCUUGUGCUCUGUCUCUCUCUCAAAUGAAUUAAAAAAAAAAAAAUCAUGAAUGUGUCAAGGAUGAAGGCAGAACUGGAGAUACGUGUAAGAGACUUGCUGAAACCCCAGUGAAGUAAAAGACUACUAAUACCCUCCAAUGUAAGGAUUUCGUUUUUGAAGAAAACUUCAAAACUUUUACUUUGGGGUUUGAAUCAGAAUCUUGAAGUGUAUCACCCACUAGGCACACAAGGCCACAUUUCUCCUUUGAGGCCGGACUGCUUUCUCUAGAAGCAGGAAUGGAAGGAAAGCCACACCAUAAUGUCAUUGGACUCACUUCUUAAUCUGUUGUAAUCCACAUACUUGCACAUGUUGAGGCUGAUAACUACAGAAAUAUUAACGUGGUCCCACCUGUGUAUUCCUGGACCUUUAAUUUGGAGAAUGGCUGAAGAGAAAAUAGUAUUUCUAUGUAAAAAUCCCCUCAUUAAAUACCAAAAUACAAUUUAAAAAAUAGUUUUGUAUAAUCCUAACAAUUUUUAAAAAGAUUUUUAUUUGAGAGAGAGUGUGAGGAGGGGGAAGAGCAGAGGGACAAGCAGACUCCCCACUGAGCAGGGAGCCGGACACACACCCAAGGCUCAGUCCCAGGCCCCUGAAAUCAUGAUCUGAGCUGAAGGCAGAUGCUUUACCAACUGAGCCACCCAGGGGCCCUCAUUAAUUCUUAAAAAACAAACAAGCAAAACAGGAAAAUGUGAAAUCUAUUUUUUAAAAAAGUACACGGGGGGGGGCACCUGGUGGCUCAGUGGGUUAAAGCCUCUGCCUUCGGCUCAGGUCAUCAUCUCAGGGUCGUGGGAUCGAGCCCCACAUCGGGCUCUCUGCUCAUCAGGGACCCUGCUUCCUCCUCUCUCUGCCUGCUUCUCUGCCUACUUGUGAUCUCUCUGUCACAUAAAUGAAUAAAAUUAAAAAAAAAAAAAAAGUAUAUGGAAUUGCACCAGCCAGAAAUAGUUUCACUUACCAGUUUGAACUGGCUGGUUCAGUUGAAAGAGCAGGCAACUCUUGAUCUCAGAGUCGUGAGUUCAAGCCCCACGUUGGGUGUAGAGAUUACUUAAAUGAACUUUUAAAAAGUAAAAUGUAUCUUGGACAGUUUGGCACUGGGCAUUCUGUGUAUUCCAUAACUUAGUGUAUACUGUGACCAUCUCCUAAAUCCAUUGUUUCCCAGGCUUUUCCUCACGGUCAUUCCUGAGUACUCUUCUUAGAUAGCUUUGUCCUAAUCACUCCAUCCCCCCAUACCCCGCACCGGGAAAGUUUAAUACUACAGUUAUACUGUCUAUUGUUUUAUGUGCUGUGCCUUUGGAGGCCACAGAUCAUUGUAAUAUCUAAGAUAUUUUUCACACCUCCACAAAAAAAGAAUCCCCCCUCUUCAAAAAUACAUGUCUUCACAAUUCUUCGAGACACAACUCAGUGACUGCAGGACAGUUUACUACAUGGCUGUGCCGUGCUUUAUUUAACGUUUCUCUGCCUUCUAGCCAUCUGAACACUUGGGUUAAUGGUUUUGGGUUGGGUUGGGGUUUUUUUUACUUUACUUUUGCUGUUUUAGAUAAUACUAGAAUAAAUCUUUGUGCCAAAA